UGCAGGAAUUAUCGAUAGCUUUGCAUGAAUUAUCGCAUUUCUCGUCCAUUUGGUCCAAGUCACCACCGCGUAUAGUUUGUGUUUUGUUCUUAAAUUCGUACGAGUCCCUAAUACAACUACAAAAUGGUUAGGGAGAACAAAGCAGCAUGGAAGGCUCAAUACUUCGUCAAAGUUGUGGAAUUAUUCGAUGAGUUCCCAAAGUGCUUCAUUGUGGGCGCUGACAAUGUCGGCUCCAAGCAGAUGCAGAACAUCCGUACCAGUCUGCGUGGUCUCGCUGUCGUUCUGAUGGGCAAGAACACGAUGAUGCGCAAGGCCAUCCGUGGUCAUUUGGAAAACAAUCCACAGCUGGAGAAGCUGUUGCCGCACAUCAAGGGCAACGUGGGCUUUGUGUUCACCAAGGGCGAUUUGGCCGAGGUGCGCGAUAAACUACUGGAGUCGAAGGUGCGCGCUCCUGCCCGUCCCGGCGCUAUUGCACCGCUGCAUGUCAUCAUUCCGGCGCAGAACACUGGCCUGGGUCCCGAGAAGACCAGUUUCUUCCAGGCUCUGUCCAUCCCGACCAAGAUUUCCAAGGGUACAAUUGAAAUCAUCAACGAUGUGCCCAUCUUGAAGCCCGGCGACAAAGUCGGCGCUUCCGAGGCGACUCUGCUCAACAUGUUGAACAUUUCGCCUUUCUCGUACGGUCUGCUCGUCAGCCAGGUUUACGAUUCGGGCUCGAUCUUCUCGCCCGAGAUCUUGGACAUCAAGCCCGAGGAUUUGCGCGCCAAGUUCCAACAGGGCGUUGCCAAUUUGGCUGCCGUCUGUUUGUCUGUUGGUUAUCCAACGAUCGCUUCGGCCCCGCACAGCGUUGCCAAUGGCUUCAAGAAUCUGUUGGCCAUCGCUGCCACCACAGACGUGGACUUCAAGGAGGCAACCACCAUCAAGGAGUACAUCAAGGAUCCCAGCAAGUUUGCUGCUGCUGCUGCCUCUUCGGCCCCAGCUGCUGGCGGCGGCGGCGCUGCCGAGAAGAAGGAGGAAGCCAAGAAGGCCGAGUCCGAAUCCGAGGAAGAGGAUGAUGACAUGGGCUUUGGCCUCUUCGAUUAAGCGCCACAAUCUAAUCUGCAAUGUGCGCUACGUGUUCAAUGUUUACAUCGACACACAGUUCAGCUGGCUGUGCAAAUUAUUGUCGCGGUUUGACAAACCCAAUGACAAGUUGCAUUGCCAAUGAGCAUUCAAUAACACCAAUAAACCUGUAAACUUGACAUAAA